AGCAGGAGGCCGGGGAGGCGCGGAGCAGCGUGACCCGGCGGCUGGAGUACAUCGCGCAGAGCGCCCGGCAGCGCGGGGUGCAGGACUUAGAAAUCUCCUGUGAAGGACCUUCCUUGCACAGUGGGCACUGCUUUGUGGAAGAUUUAGAAGGAAACUUGCCUUUAAAUCCAGCUCACAAACUUAUCAUGAAAUUUUGCACGUCCAUGUCUAAGGGAAGAAAAUGUGACUGUGACAAAGGAUUUUAGUAGAGUAGAAAAUGCUUAUCAAAUGGAAGCAGAGGACUGUAGGCGUCCGUUCAACCACUGCAGUAGAGUAAUUGUUUUCUCCUUAUGGGGAGAGUACGCUCCCUGAGGGGCAUGCCCAACUCCCCAGAGUUCAAAUGCUACCUUACUUGCAGACUUUCUAUACCAGUUUCGGAUGGACACUUUUUGUGCAUCCACUGUCUCGGCAAGACACGUAUACCACAGAAGUGCUCGCAUUGUCACAAUCUCAAACCAGGAAGGCAAGAGAUCUCCAACUUAAAUUCCUCCUCAUGGAGAAGUCUCUCUGUCUAGUGUCUCAGCCUGAGGUAUGGACCCCUCCUGGUCAGAGAUCACCAACUACAGUCUUUUACAGGGGCCCUUCUUCCACGGUUCAGGCUUCCGAUCAAUUCACCAAGAAGGUGGCAAACAAACAGGGUACAACGUCCCCGACUCAGGAGUUGGCCAAGAAAGGGCACUCCUCCAAUGGGCAAAUGGCUUUGGUACCAAUCGCACUGAUCCUUUCAGCUGCCGAAAUAGUGGGUCCCUCCAGCACCGUCGGUACCAAGAAAACAAAAUAUGCCAAGUGGCUGAGCUGUUUCACAGGCAGCAAGGGGAAACUGAAAUCCCAUGCUGCGCUACCAGCAGAGCUGAUCAAAAACCCAGUACAGAGCAUCUUGGCGCUUCCACAGAUGAUCCACCACCUAGCGCAGACACCAUGCACUUGAGCUGCACAUUGGCACCGAUGAGCAGAUCAAACCAUCCGGUACCGACUCCUACUACGCCAAUGGUACUGAUGCCAUCCACUUUGCAGCAAUUCCUAUGCCAGGAAGACCUCACUGUCUCCUCGAUACUGGAGUCUACGUAGCAUCCUCGGAACCUAGUCAACCCAGUUCUCCACCUCUUUUCAUCCCGCAAUUUUUUAGCAAUGAUGAGUAUGGAGACAAAGAUGUUCUACACUCUCCACAACAUUCUUCCCCUGUGAAUGCUCUCAUCACACCUGCUCAUCUGUACAAGGCAAGGGCUACCUCAUGGACCCUAAGGACCAAUCCAGGUAUGGGCAUCCUUGGAUGCCACCUAUGCCCUUCACUCCAGAGUACCCAUUUUAGAGCCCGUGGACAGCAUACUUACCACAACAACAACAACACAGACUUGCCAGCCCAUCCAGAGCAAGCACACAUCAUUCAUCCCUAUCAACAGCACAGGGACCACCUGAAUCUAGAGAACGGGGGGGAAGAGGAGGAGGAAUUCUUUGACAAGGACAAUCCACCUGAAGCUCACUUCUCUUCAUCUUUGCCUGAUGACACUAUCAUGCCCCUGCCUCCCAACACAGGAGAUGGUUUGAAACAAUUGCAGGAUCUCUAUAAGAGAGUUGUGAGCUCACUGGACAUUUCCCUUAAAGAGGUCCAGGAGGCACAAUAUAAAUUAAUAGACAUAUUGCACACAUCGACAUCCUCCAAAAUCGCCCUUCCAACAAAUGAUGUGAUUAUGGAACCAGUAAAGUUAUUCUGGCAAACCCCAGCAACGAUCCCACCCACAUGCAAGAGAUCUGAUAAAAAUUACUGCGUGCCCACAAAGGGAACUGAAUUUCUCUUCUCACAUCCAAUGCCGAACUCAUUAGUGAUUGACGUGGUCAAUGAAUGGGGCAGACAAGAAUAUCCAGAAACAUGCCCUAUGACAAAGAUUGGAAGCAGCUCGACGUUUUUGGCCGCAAAGCAUACUCCUCUCUGACCUUAUACUUGAAAAUAGCUAACUAUGAAGCAUUACCAGCAAAAUAUGACCACAAUAAUUAGGCAAAAUUCUCUGAAUUUAUUGAAUUUAUUCCAGAAGAUUUAAAAAAAGCAAUUCAAAUCAAUUCUAUCAGCAGGUCAACUCAUAACCAGAACAGCAUUCCAGGAUGCUCUGGAUUCUGCUGAUACAACAGCGAGGUCCAUAGCCACCAUGGUGGUUAUGAGAAGGGCUUCCUGGCUCCAUCUCUCUGGAUUCCCAAAGCCGAUACAUUCGACACUUGAAGACCAAAGAAUCUAAGCUAUUUGCGCCCAAAACAAAUGAGUCACUACACAUUCUCAAGGACUCGAGGGCAACAC